AUGAGUGGAAGGAAGCUCAACCCGCUUGAGCAGAAGCUGCACCAAGCUGCACUCGCCGACUCAAAAAAGACACUCACGCAGAAAGAAUGCGAGGUUCUCAUCCCGGACGCGGGGGCGCGAACCGGCGCGCUCAACUUUCUGCUCGGCACAGGACUGUUGAAGGCGUUGAAGAACGCGAAGGGCGCGGUGUCCUUCCGCGCGGUCAUGAAGAAGGAACUUGACGUCAAGAAGGAUAUGAGCGGAGAGGAGUCCAUGAUUCUGAGCUACAUACAAGCUGCAGCAACCGAAGGCAUCUGGACGAAGCACCUCAAAGCCAAGACAGAACUUCACCAAACUGUGAUCGAUCGCUGCCUGAAGUCCCUCACACAGAAAGCACUCAUCAAGGCUGUGAAGUCCGUCAAGUUCCCAACCCGUAAAAUCUACAUGCUCGCACAUCUAGAACCCUCCGUAGAGAUGACCGGAGGCCCGUGGUAUACGGAUAACGAGCUGGACACAGAGUUCAUCAAGCUGCUUUGCAGCGCAUGCCUACGGUUCAUCCGGGACAAAAGCGCGCCGAAACAAAAAGGCGGAGACUCGGAAUCUUCAAAUCUCCUCUAUCCCAUCUCCGCCUCACCAUCGUACCCCACCGCACAGCAGCUCCUAGCAUUUCUCAGCAAGAGUCGGAUCACGGAGACGCAGCUGAGCGUAGAGCACGUCGAGAUGUUACUCAAUGUGCUUGUCCUUGACGGUGAUGUUGAACGCGUCCCGGCCUUCGGCGCGGCGAUGUGGGACACGUCUGAGGACCGCACAGGAGACGCAAGCGACGACGACCGCGAGCGCUCGCGGCGGCGCAAACGCAAGUCGCGCGACGAGGAUGACUCGCCAAAGCGCAAACGCAAGCGCAGCAAACGGAGCCGCUCAUCCUCCGGCUCGGACUCGGACUCUGACUCGGAGAGCGAAGACGAGAGGGAGAAGCGGAAGCGGCGCAAGAAGCGCAAAAGCCGGGACGACAGCAGUGCGAGCGAGAGCGAGGACGAGAAAGAGCGGCGUAAGCGGAAGAAGAAGCGCUCGCGGGAGACUAGCGCGAACGACGGCGAGGACGUGCAGAUGAGCGACGAGGAGGGCAAGCGCAGGAGCAAGAGCCGCAGUAAGAGCAAGAAGCGGCGCAAACACGACUCCGACUCCUCCGACUCUGAGUCCGACUCGGGCUCGGACUCACGUUCACGCUCCUCCAAGUCGAAGUCGUCCCGGUCGAAAGCGAAGUCCAAGUCCAAGCGUGAGCGCUCGUUGUCCCCCGCCCCUGGGUUUUCGCAAGAGCUUGGCGGGGAUGAGUUUGGUGGGGGUGGCGCGUAUGUGUACCGCGCGGUGCGGCAGGAGCGCAUCGCGGGCGGUUUGUCGCAGACACCUUGUGUGCGAUGUCCGGCGGCCGACUUUUGCAAGCCGGGUGGGCCGGUGAACCCCCAGGAAUGCACGUACUACGAUACCUGGCUCAUCGCAGCGGACGUAGCCAAGGGUUGA